CUACACAUGGUAAAAAAUGGAAGGAAUGCAGAAACUCGUGAAGAAUUGGUCCUCAAAAGGCAGAGAAGAAGCGUUGGCUCUUUUCAAAGAGAGUUUUUCGACAUUUAAUCAUGACAGCAUACUGAGUCUUCACAGAUCUGCUGAAAGCUCUUUAUAUGGAUUGUUUUACGAUCUCUUCUCAUGUUGUAUUAAUAAUGAGAUUGAUUCAGAUGAGGUUGGGGAUUUCUGUAAAUCACUUUUAACGUCAUUAGACUCUUCUCCAAUCCUCUCUUCUCUCAUCACUGACGUAUUAUCAUCAUUAGAUGCUGAGGUCUCAUGCAGUGAAGACAAGUCUCAAAGAAAGUCGCUGAGGUCUCUAACCCUCUCACUAGUGAGCGUGACUGGUGAUGAUUUAUUGAAGGAAAGAUUAGAUAUGGACUCGCUGGAAGGAGCUGGUUUCAUAUCAUCAAAGAACAGCUUCAAUCAAAAAUAUGUGAAGACUAAAACUAAAAUAUAUUAUAAGCAACAGAAAUUUAAUCUUUGCCGCGAGGAGAACGAAGGAUUCUCAAAGCUCAUAAGCGAGCUGGGACAUGAGCCUCUGGUGGGCGUGGACCAUGGACAAGUACUGGACAGCAUCAAGUCAUUAAUAGGUAGAUUCAGUAUGGAUCCUAAUCGUGUUCUGGAUGUCAUUCUUCAAGCGUUUGAGUCUCAUUUCGACCAGCGACACUUCUUCAUACCUUUAUUAAGAAGCUACCCUUGUUCCCCAUCAACCUUCAUUAAUAUACUCGGGUUCAAGUAUCAUACUUACCACCUGUCUGAUUCUGAUGGUCAGUGUCCCCCUACCCCUCCCUCUCUCUACUCCCUCACUGCUGUACUGCUGAACGAAGGAAUGAUUAAUAUACAUGGACUCACACCUCACUUACGUCUAUCAAUGGAAGAGUUUAAGGAGCUCCACCAGUCAAUAGCUGAUAAUGCUAAUGCUAUUUAUAGAAAGGCCAAUAUAGUGACACUGACGGACAAAACUGAUGAGGAGAAGGAGAAAGAGGCAGAGGCAGCUCAAAAAUUAAAAGAAGAUCAUAAAGCUAAGCUAUCCCUUGAACAUAACCAGGUCCUUGGGAUAUGCCACGCCUGUUUAGAACAAGGAGACUGGCCGUCCGCUAGAUCAAUCAUUAACCAGCUACCCCCAAACCUUGCAAUGGCAUCGCCACAGCUGGUCCAGAGCUUAUGUAGACUAGUUGAGUAUUGUAUAGAACCACUUUAUAGACUUCACGCCCCACGUGGCACCACUCCUUCUCCUUUAUCCUCUUCCUUCUCCAUCUCUCGCUGUCAGUCAUUUAAAGAUAUGGUUCCCAUGGCGAUGGAGAUGAUCUAUGCCUUAGGGCCACACCUCCACAGUGACCCGAUCCUAUUGUGUAAGAUAGUUCGACUGGGUAAAGCCUUUUUGAAAGAGAUGUUCCCUGGCAGUGAUCCAUCCAGAACCAUCACUAACGAACACCUCGAGAAUGAGGUUUUGAGAUGGUUCUUAUCAAUCAUUGAUGGUGUGGUCCUUCCUUCUCUAUCAAUGUUACAGUUUAAUUGUGGGAUGGCGGAAGAGGUGUGGUCUAUGAUUAGACUCCUCCCGUAUGAAACAAGGUACAUGUUGUAUGGCUACUGGAAGAAUGAGAGUUACAGCAAUCACCCUGACCUGCUUAUAGUUAAAUGUGAUACCUUGAAUAAAGGGAAGUACAUUAUGAAACGACUAACUAAAGAUAAUGUGAAGCAGUCUGGUAGACAGUUGGGUAAGCUAAACAACAGUAACCCUGGAAUCAUAUUUGAUUAUGUUCUAUCUCAGAUCCAGCGUUACGAUAAUUUCAUUAUUCCGGUCGUUGAUUCUUUGAAGUACUUGACGCCAAUAGCUUACGAUGUACUGGCAUACUGUAUCAUAGAGGCACUGGGUAACCCACAGAAAGAGCGGUUGAAACUAGAGGAUACAAACCUCUCCAGCUGGUUACAGAUACUGGCCUCCUUCUCUGCUAAUAUAUUCAAGAAGUACCCAGUAGAUCUCACCGGGUUAUUGCAAUAUGUGACCAAUCAGCUUAAAGCAGGGAAGAGUUUUGAUCUAUUGGUACUAAAGGAGGUGAUACAGAAGAUGGCUGGUAUAGAGAUUAGUGAUGAGAUCACAGCUGCUCAGUUGGAGGCAAUGGCUGGAGGAGAACUACUGAAAGCUGAGUUUUAG